UAGGAUGGAUUACUAGUUCUAACAAGGUUUCCCCAAUUCCUCUACCACUUGUUACAAUGAAAGAGAACAAGAACAAGAAUAUAAAAGAGUUGAUCUCUCCUUCAAUAUGCUAACGAUACAAUAUUUUUUGGUGAGGCAAUGGAAGAAAAUAUUCUAGCUAUCAAAUGCAUCAUGAAGACUUUCGAACUAGUCUUGAGGCUGAAAAUUAACUAUGGAAAAAGUCAACUAAUGGGUGUCGGGAUUGAGGACAGUUGGAAGAGGAAGAUGGCCUACCGGCUAUACUGCAAAGAGGGGGAAUUCCCGUUCAAGUACUUGGGAAUUCCAAUCGGAGGAAAUCAUAGAAAGCUAGCAAUGUGGCAACCGUUGGUGGAUACUUUUAAAAAGAAACUUGCAAGCUGGAAAGGUAGACACUUAUCUUUUGGAGGUUGGAUCACGCUCAUAAACUCUGUGUUAUCCAGUCUACCUGUGUUCAUGAUGUCAGCCUACCAAAUACCUAAAGAAUGGGGGGCAUUGGCUGGAUUGGGUGCGAGAUGGAAGAAAUGUAGGAUCACUUUGGUGGAGAGACGUAUGAAACCUCAAUGUGGGGGAUGGGGCAAAUGGGGGGUGGUUGUCAUCGGGCUUUAGAAUGAAGAUAGGAGAAGGGAAAGAUGGGAGUUUCUGGUGGGAUGAGUGGUGUGGGGAGGUUUGCUUGGCUAACAAAUUUCCUAGAUUAUA